AUGGUGGAAAGUGUGACUGCAAUGAACACUGUAUUCGUCACCCUCAAAUUCCAUGUAGCUCCAGGACGCUCUGACAUAAACCACUGUCGAAUUAAUUACAAGUGUUUGGUUUCUUGUAUGCGGUUCGUAGGGAUUUGGAAACUGACAUCUCACAAGUUCCAAGAAGGUACCUCACGUGACGAAUUGGGUAUGGGUCUGCCACAGACUGCUUCAAGUGAACAAUCCCAUGAAGCUUCGUCUGCUCCGAGUUGCAGUGUUUCGCAAAGUCUGCCUGUGUACGCCACUCCCCAUGAUUCAGAUAGCCUUAACAGAGGAAGCGAAGGAGGCAUCUGCUCUUCCAUUGGAGAGUUUGACAGGAAAACAUCACUGGAGCCUCUGGAGUUCACAGAUGGUUCGUGUAGAUUCCCUGGGACUCGUGUCGUUACCUCGUCAAGUUCUCAUGGAUCGACUAGCUAUGCUGCAGAUAAGGUUAGUUCGAGUCUAAAUGGAGCUAGAAGGAUAGUUGGCUUUGCAUCAAGCGAAACUAGUUCACUGGAAAGCAAACCAACGAGUGUCGCUGUUGAUCACUCUCAAACAUCCACUGUUACUGGUGGAGCGUUAGUCAGGAAACGAGGGCUCUCCCCUCUGAAUACUCUCUUCCCUGUAAAAUUCAGAGGUGACCUGCUUGAUAUCAGCUCUAGUAACCACCAACAAAUUACUUGUUCUGGUGUCUCUAAUGGAUUCUGCAAUCUCGCUGGUGGGUUGCAGCAUCUCUCUACCACUCCUACGACCACCGCCGCAUCUACUUGCUGGGAAUGGAAGAAUGCCUCAAACAGUGGUAGACUCUCGUCCAUGGUCUUCACUGAUGGUCCAUUGCUUGAUUCUGUGGACCUCCGUCGACCCACAAAAGGUGAGGUUUGCUUAUAUUCACCGGUAUAUGAAACAUCUGGCAUACCAAAUAUGCACUUACCUUGUGAUAAGGAUUUAUCUGUCUCUCCGCCGCUAUCUCUCUCACCACUUGGUCCGAAGAUUUCUGAGAGAAUAAAAGCUUUAAGAAGUGGCCAAAAUGGGAAGGUAGUUGAAGAGCUAAGGAAUACCAGUGAAGAAGCAGAACUAAGGGUUAACCGUAGGUUGUUUGAUGAUGCAUAUGCUCUGAGGAGAGCGUUUUCAAUGGAGAGAGGUAUAGAAUCAGCUCCUGUGUCUCCAUGUAAAAGGUUCAGUAGAAGCUUGAGUGGACGCCCCAUUCAGAGGUCAUUGGUUGGUUCUUUCGAAGAGUCACUCUUGACAGGAAGAUUGUCAUGCGGGACAACGAAUCAGAAGAUUGAUGGUUUUCUAGCCGUUCUUAGUAUUGCUGCGGGAAACAUCUCCCCCAAAUCACAGAAGCUUCCAUUCUCAGUAACCAGUGUCGGUGAUGAUUGCCUCUUGCUAUACUAUGCCUCCAUAGAUCUCGCGGGAGGAUCAAAGUCAAACAAAUUUUGGGGCCAGAAAUUGAAAGCAAGUCAAAUCAACUCUGAUGCUCAGAGCUCCAAGAGCCAACUGCGGAUCCCCAUGAAGGGUCGGAUUCAACUGGUUCUCAGCAACCCUGAGAAAACACCUCUUCACACCUUCCUCUGUAACUAUGACUUAACUGAUAUGCCUGCCGGUACAAAGACGUUCUUGCGGCAAAAGGUUACUCUGGGAUCAUCGAAUCCAACAAAUGAAGCAACGCAAGAGAACGAUAGAAAAGCCAAAAGCUGUGAAAAGGAGAACUCUAAACAUGGAAACAAAAAAGAAUGUGGAGGAUCUGAUAUAGCAGAUUCAGUGGAAGGAGACGAUACAUUUGAGAAGCUACACGAAAGUGGGAAAAGCUGUUCAAAGUCGUCGUCCAAAGAAUGUAACGGUGGCUCUGGUGCUCUACGGUACGCUCUUCAUCUGAGGUUUAUUUGCCCAUUACCCAAGAAAGCUUCAAAGAAAGCAGACGAAACCGAAACUACGGGGCAAAAGAAAAACUUGGAUUCAGAUGGGAAAAGGAGGUUCUAUCUGUACAACGACUUGAGAGUCGUGUUUCCUCAACGCCACACAGACUCCGAUGAAGGAAAGUUGAAUGUGGAGUACCAUUACCCAGAAAACCCAAGAUACUUCGACAUCACAGACUAAGACGAUCUGAAUGGUUUGGUUCCACAAGUUUGUAUUGUUUUCUUGUUUAUAAGAAGAAAUCCAUCGACGUGUUUUGUUGUACAUAAGAAACUUAUAGUCACGAUGGCUCUGACCCAUUUUGUACAGAUUUACCAUUUCGGGGUUUAAUUUCUUCUUAUCCAAAAUUAAAAUAAAAAGCUCAUCAUCACUAGUCUUGUCCUUUUUUCCCCAACACUUGGGGUCGAAUCAAUAAUGUUCAUG